AUGUUGGAUGAGUUGCAAGAUCAUGUUGAAUCGAUUGAUAUGGCCAAUGAUCUCCACUCAAUUGGUGGCCUGGUUCCUCUUCUUGGUUACCUCAAGAACUCUCAUGCCAAUAUUCGAGCCAAAGCUGCUGAUGUUGUGACAACAAUAGUCCAAAAUAAUCCUCGAAGUCAACAACUUGUUAUGGAAGCGAAUGGCUUUGAACCUCUUGUGUCAAAUUUCAGUUCAGAUCCUGAUGUGAAUUCUCGAGCUAAAGCACUGGGUGCACUAUCUUCACUAAUUCGACACAAUAAGCCCGGUGUCACUGCAUUUCGUCUGGCAAAUGGUUAUGCAGCUUUAAGAGAUGCGCUGAACUCUGAAAAUGUUAGAUUCCAAAGGAAGGCUCUCAACUUGAUACAUUAUUUAUUACAAGAAAACAGUUCAGACUGCAACAUUGUGAAGGAGCUAGGAUUUCCUCGCAUAAUGAUGCACCUUGCUGCCACUAGUGAAGACGUGGAUGUCCGCGAGUCUUCUCUCCGAGGCCUUCUCGAACUCGCCCGUGAUGCAAAAGACAGCUCUGAUAGCUCUUCAGAAGAUAAUGAAAAAAUCAAGCAACUUCUUCAAGAACGAAUAAACUGCAUCGGUUUAAUGUCGGUCGAGGACCUUGAAGCAAUCAGGGAGGAAAGGCUACUUGUAGACUGUCUUUGGAGUACAUGCUUUGACGAACCGUCUUCACUCCGAGAGAGAGGUCUUCUUGUGCUUCCAGGAGAAGAUGCACCUCCUCCUGAUGUUGCUAGCAAACACUUUGAGCCUCCUCUUAGAGCCUCUGCUGGAAACCCUAAUUCCAAGAAGGAUUCCAACAAUGAAAAGAAAAAGGCACCUUUGCUUUUAGGGCCAUGA